AGUUAAGAGUAGUAGUUAUGAUUAUGGAUGCCUCCUCAUCAUCAUCCUCUUCCACUACCAAAGAUAAAGAGAUAAGCGUUGGACUGCUGGAGAAUCAUCAUCAUCAUCCUGUUGUUGAUAAUAAUAAUAAUGACGUGGAUGAUGAUGAUGGUGAUGAUGGACACCCUACUACUACUACUAAGAGUAGUAAAGAAGAACACAGUGUUGAUAUUACUGCCAAUGAUGUAUUGAGUGAUAUACAUGGAUCAUUAAUGAAAAUAUUGGUAAUAAUAAUGAUAAAGAGGAGCAAUAAACCAUCAUACAUCAGCACCUAUGCGGCACUAUUGACAAUAUGAUGACUACUACUAAUACCACAACAACAACAAAUCUAGGAGAUUCUACUACUACUAGUGAAUUGGGUGGUGGUGGUGGUGGUAAGGUUAUUCGUAUGGCAGGAGUAUCGGAUUACCUAGUUAGAAUAAUUAAACAAUUGAAUAGAUUACGAUCGGAAGGGGAAGUCUUACGUUUACUCAAAUCAACAACAACAUCAUCAUCACCAGAAAAUAAUGAUACUCCUCCUACUCCUCCUACUUCAUCAUCAUCAUCACUUGUUGUACCAGAAGAUGUGUUAUCGGCAAUAUUUCGAAGUGCCGAGUCAGGGAGUUACGAACAUCUCAAGUCUACUGUUAACGAACAUAUCACCGAUUUGCGGAAUUCUCGUGAUAGAUUCGAAGAACAACAAACGUUAUUAUGUGAAUUCAAAAAAGAGUUGAUAUCGAGUUGUUGUGGUAUCGAGUUUGUGGAUGACAAGCAGAAUGAGAAAGAGGAGGUGAAGGAGGAGGAGAAGGGGAAGUCAAUCACGACACAAUAGUCUUUUAU